AUGGAUAUUGUUAAUGAGAUAUUAGAAAAAGAACAGAAGAAAUCUGAGAAGUACAAACCUAUUACUGUAGAAAAACAUUUGGAAGUAGAACUUGAUAUAGGCACAUUACUAGCUUCGGACACAAAUGAUUUGGAUACAAAAUUAUUACAGUCAAAUAAAGAUGAUUACUUGCAAUCAUUGACGCGUGACAACACACAGUUACUACUAAACAAAAUAUGGGACCUUCCUACAGAGCGGGUGGAUGAGGCAAUAGUGGUUAAGUUACCUGAACCUAAGACAGUGCUGCCUAGGGCUAAACCCUGUCCUAAACCGAAGCCCCUCACGAAAUGGCAAGAGUUUGCCAAGUCUAAAGGUAUCACAAAGAAGAAGAAGGAUAAACUACAAUGGGAUGAACAACUGCAGAAAUGGGUACCUUUGUAUGGUUUCAAGAAAGCUGCUGCAGAGAAGGAGAAGAAUUGGUUAAUAGAGGUGCCACAGAAUUUGGAUCCCAUGACAGACAUGUUUGAGAAGAAAGCUUCGGAGAAAUCAGAGAAAGUUGCCAAGAAUGAGUUGCAGAGGCUGAAGAACAUUGCCCGGGCUAGGAAAGUCAAGAUACCUAGAGUCGGUCUACCUGUUACUUCUGACAAAGCUUCUGCAUUACAGUUGGACACGGCAGCAACAAUAGCAAAGGCCUCCACAGCAUCACUUGGCAAGUUCCAAGAUAAGUUGCCUAAAGAAAAAGAACCUAGAGGCAAAGGUAUUCAUGAGCUCAUCCCAGGCAAGGAGAGGAAACGCAAACUGCCCAUACCCACACCCGCACAAGAGAGGGAGAAUAAUUUGAAUAUGCUUGAUAACAUUCUCAAUAAGAGGCCCAAGAUUGACAUGGACAAGGCUGUAGCUAAACACAUCCAUGAUGAACAAGUGAAUCGUUCGGAGGAAAAGAAAAACACGAAACCAGCUAAAGGGAAACGUAACUUCAAAGCAAAGACCAAGGGUGGUAAUCCUACAAACUUUACAGCAAAGAAACCUAAGGCCGGUAAAGGACAGAGGAAUCCAGCUAAAAAGGCAGGAGGCCGGAAGAGAAGAUAA